CUAUUUCCACUCGCCAUCUUUCCUUUCCUCUCGUUACUUUCGCCUCAAGCCGUCUCGAAAUCUCGGUCAAUAUGGGAACCGCUGUUAAAGGGGUUGUCCUGUCGCUGUUCAUCUCAUCCCUGUUGUUUUCUGCUGUAUUUGCAUCCGAUGGUGGGCUGAUUAGAAUCGGGCUGAAAAAGAUGAAAUUGGAUUCAAACAACCGGCUUGCUGGCAAGCUUGACUCCAAGGACCAAGAGGCUCUCAGAGUAUCUAUUGCUAAAAAGAAUCGCUUCCCUAAUGAUCUCAGAGGCUCUGAGGAAACUGAUAUUGUUGCACUAAAGAACUACAUGGAUGCUCAGUACUAUGGUGAGAUUGGUAUUGGAACUCCACCUCAAAAAUUUACUGUGGUCUUUGACACAGGAAGCUCAAAUUUGUGGGUACCGUCAACCAAGUGCUAUUUCUCGGUUGCAUGUUACGUACAUUCCAAGUACAGUUCAGGUGACUCAAGUACUUAUAAGCGGAAUGGGAAAUCUGCUUCUAUUCAAUAUGGUACGGGAGCUAUUUCUGGUUUCUUUAGUAAUGACAAUGUUCAAGUUGGCAACUUGGUUGUGAAAGAUCAGGAAUUCAUAGAAGCUACUAGGGAACCAGGUGUUACAUUUUUGGCAGCCAAAUUUGAUGGGAUAUUAGGACUUGGGUUUCAGGAGAUUUCAGUUGGGGAUGCUGUCCCGGUGUGGUACAACAUGGUCAAACAAGGUCUUAUCAAGGACCAGGUAUUUUCGUUUUGGCUUAACCGCGAUACAAAGGGAGAAGUGGGUGGUGAACUUGUGUUUGGUGGGGCUGAUCCAAACCACUACAAGGGCAAGCACACAUAUGUCCCUGUAACACGAAAAGGCUAUUGGCAGUUUGACAUGGGCGAUGUUCUUAUUGGUGACAAACCGACUGGAUACUGUGGUGGCGGUUGUGCAGCAAUUGCAGAUUCUGGAACUUCCUUGCUGGCAGGUCCAACAACUGUGAUUACCAUGAUAAACCAAGCAAUUGGAGCCACUGGAGUGGCUAGCCAAGAGUGCAAGGCAGUGGUUCAACAAUAUGGGCAAACCAUCAUCGAUUUACUUGUGGCUGGGGCACAACCUGUGAAAUUAUGCUCCAAAAUUGGAUUGUGCGCUUUUGAUGGUACUCAUGGUGUUACCAUGGGAAUUGAGAGUGUGGCAGAUGAGAGCAAUGUCAAAUCAUCUGGAAUCCUUCACGACGCUAUGUGCCCUGCUUGUGAAAUGGCAGUUGUGUGGAUGCAGAACCAACUGAUGGAUAAUCAGACUCAAGACCGCAUAUUGAACUAUGCCAACCAGCUUUGCAAUCGGAUACCAAACCCAAUGGGAGAAUCCGUUGUCGACUGCAAUAAAAUUUCUUCCAUGCCUCCUGUUUCCUUCACUAUUGGCGGCAAAGUUUUUAAGCUUGCCCCAGAAGAGUACAUCCUCAAGGUUGGUGAAGGUUCUGAAGCUCAAUGCAUCAGUGGCUUUAUGGCUUUGGAUGUUCCUCCUCCCCGUGGACCUCUCUGGAUUUUGGGAGAUGUUUUCAUGGGUCGCUACCACACCGUCUUCGAUUUUGGUGGACUUAGAGUUGGAUUCGCGGAAGCAGUAUAGAAAGUGGUACAGUAGAGGACACCUAUGUUUUCUCCGAUGUCCAUAAAUUAUAGCGUGUAUGUAUGUGUUUACCUUUAUAAAACUCGUGGAAAGCUGAAGAAAUUAGUGCUCUCAGCCUAGUACAUUAAAAAAGCAAAAAAAGCAUGCUUUGUUGGUCGUAAAUGUUUCCUGUUCUUGGUCUGUUUUUACCAGAACGUAGGAUUUGCCUUUAGACGGUUGUGAAAAAUAUUAGUACUAUGUGUUUUAG